UUGCAGCGCAGCAAGAUCCAUUCCACUGUUACAAACAAGCUCUCCUGCACCUCCUGCACCUCCUGCACACUCUCCUGCUUGCUUCAGGAUCAAGUAAAAAGCCACUUCCAACUCCUUCCCACAUUUCCCACCUCUCCAACUAGCGUCCUUUUCAUCAAUCCACCCGCACCAAUCAAUCAUGUCUGCCACUACUCCAAACAACAAGAACGGAGCCCAAGGUGAGAAAGCUGCCGAGGAGGUCAAAGGCGGCUUGAGAGGACUCAACAGCUUGGCCGAAGGCAUCCGCAAGAACAUCAACACUUUCGCCGACGACCUUAUUGGCAACAAGAAGACCCACGAAUCGACCGGUUUCUCCAGUGAUGCCAAGUUAGCCGGGAAGGAGGUCGAGGACGCGGUCAGCGGAAGUUUAACCACUACCACCACGCACCCAACGACAACGACUGAUGCCGCUGCACCGGUGCCUGCGACGAAUGCUACGGGUACACAUGGUGUGAGCGAUUCGACGACUGCGGGCCAUGCGCCGGCACCUGCUGCUGCUCCUGUCGUGAGCGGUUCGACUCCUGACAGCCAUGCUACUGGUCAGCCUGUUGUCGGCAAAUAGAUGGGCACACAGAAAGACGAGCUGUCUGUGACUUGAAGUGGAAGAAGAUGAUCUGAUACCCUAGAAUGAGCUAUGCGAUGGAAAACAAAAUGCAAC